CUUACGUUCGGCAACAUCGACUCGCGCAUUUAGUUUAGAAGUCAGUGCAGAAGUCUGUUCACCGACCACCGACUACGCUCACUCUUGUAUUGUUCGUGUUAAUGAUUUUAGAUUGAGUUCGUUUUUAUAUUUUAUCGUAUACGACCUCUGUCAUAUUUUACAUUAAUUGUGUUCCUCGUGUUAACUAACGAUCUCGUACCAUCGUUCUCUCUUCGCACCGCCCUUGAACGCAACGCACGCGAUCGAACCGCCAUUCUCAAGUCCGCGACUCGUCCGACGCACGCCCGUCCCGCGUUUAUUUACGCGUCAUUACGCGCCAUUACGUGCCCUUUCAAUUAUUUACCAUUCGGUACCGUUCUAAUCGUUUGCCAUUUUGUGACGUUGUAAUAAACUGUUUCCGACGAUUACGCGUCCGUGCCGAAUUGAGUUUGUCAUUCGUUCUAAAUCCGCCUGACUAGUGUACUAUCCUUCUGACGAGAAGUCAGCAUCGUAUUUGCCUAAGUGUAGUCUAAUCGUCAGGUCAAUCUCCCACACCUUGGCGCUUCAAGUACCUACCUAGUACCUAUAUUAAAUUUCCAAACUACAUUCAAAAAACAAUUGCUUGCGAUCGGUCGACUCGUCAACGUGUUUAAAAUUUAAUAAUUUUAAACAGGUGACCGUAAUCAAGACAUCUAUCUUCCAGUUAUAAAUUUGGUCCUCAGAAAUAUGUCUAAAAAACCGUCAAGUCCAUUAUAUGCCAAUGUUUCUGGAGUAAAGUACAAGAGUGAAGAAUUGACUACACAUAAUGAACCCACUUACUACAAUACAGUAACAAAUAGAAUGCCACAACCUUCCCAAGGCAUUUAUAGCAAUGUGAACUACCGUAAGAAAUCCAACAACAUAUAUUCGAACAUUCCCGAAACAAGCAAACCGACUUAUAAAAAUACUCAAUAUCCAUUAUAUGACAAUCUAAAACCAUUAGGUAAAAAUAACAUACACAGCCGUCCAUCUCCAGUAAGUUCUAGUUACUCUGAACUUCAAAAUGCAGAUAAUUACGAAGAUGAUGCAAAAGAUUUUGAUAAUUCUUCUUCUCAGGAAUCUAAAAUGUAUGAAUCUGUCUAUGAGCCUAUUAAUGCUGUCUAUCCGCCUAGUGAGUUAUCAUCUACAUAUUCAAUGAGCUGUCUUUCACGGUCCAUUAGUACUCGUGGAUAUGAAACCGAAGUUGAUUCUUUAACUGAUCUCCUUGUAAAAGCAAUGUCUGUCAAUGAUGGUAAAAAAAGUUUGGACAGUCAUGCUAGCUCUUUAGGAUGGAAUUGUACUGAAUGCAAUAAAAAAGUAACGGAAGAAGGACUUGGGUGUAGAGCAAUGGGUAAUAUUUAUCAUAUAAAAUGUUUUACCUGUAAUCAUUGUGGAGAUCAAUUGAAAGGAAAACCAUUUUAUCACAUUGAUAACAAACCAUACUGCGAAAAGGAUUAUUUGGAUACACUAAAAAAAUGUUCAGUUUGUCAAAUACCAAUUUUGGAUAGAAUCCUGAGAGCCACAGGACGCUCAUAUCAUCCACAGUGUUUCAGAUGUAUUGUAUGCUCUACAUUAUUGAAUGGUAUACCCUUCACCAUCGAUGCAGCCAAUCAAAUUUAUUGUAUUGAUGACUUUCACAAGAAAUUUGCUCCAAAAUGCAGUGUAUGCAGAUUUCCUAUUAUACCAGAGGUUGGUCAAGAUGAAACAAUAAGAUUUGUUGCAUUGGACCGAAGCUUUCAUGUGCAAUGUUACAAAUGUGAAGAUUGCGAUACUUUAUUAGGAUCAGAAGCUGAAGGUAGAGGAUGUUAUCCAUUAGAUGACCAUGUAUUAUGCAAAAGUUGUAAUGCUAAAAGAGUUCAAGCUUUAACAUCAACCAUGAUUACCGAGCUUUAAGUAACGCUAUACUUUAUUCAAAAUAAGCGCACUGGGUGGCGUACAAAAGCCAGUCAAAUUCACGCAUACUACUGUUACAGUAAUACUUUUAUGUUUUAAGAUUGUUCCAAUUGUUGAUAUUCUUUGCUUGUCUGGUAUAACUAGAGACCGGAUUUUUUUAUGUUUUUACG